AUGGACUCGGAACAAAAAGCCAUUCUCUCAAAACUUCCCAAUCUCACCCACUCGACUCCUCCCAAAGAUAAAUUUCAUAUCGUCUUUUUCAUUUUUCUCCUUCAAGGAGUGGGAGUUCUAUUUCCAUGGAAUGCAUUCAUCUCUGCACCUGAUUACUUUUCAGCUCUCUAUGGUGAGAAUACCAUGCUUUAUUUUAGUGUUGCCUAUUCCAUUCCAAACUUGUUAGGUGUCCUAGCAAUGGUUAAAUUAUCUCCUAAAAUACCAAUGGCAUGGAAAAUGUAUCCAAGUUUUAUACUCACUCUACUUGUGCUCAUUCUUGUUCCUAUUUUAGGAUUUAGUGGUGUGAAUGGUAUUCGUGGAUUUAUUGUGACUAUUCUAUUGAUUGUAUUGAGUGCAUUGAGUACAGCAGUGUUACAAGGAAAUAUAUUUGGAAUGGCUGGAGCAUUACCUCCUAAUUAUAUUACUGCAGUCAUGUCUGGAAAUGGUGUUGCUGGUGUCGCAUGUUCAUUCUUGAGAAUUGUCACUAAAUUAACCAUUGAACAAAAUAGAAAACAUGUUCCACUUUUAAUCAUGACUACAAGUGCUGCAGUUUAUUUCUUUGUUUGUGCAUUGGUCAUUUUGGCAUGUAUUGUGACUUUCUUCCUUGUUAUGAGAAUGUCAUUUACUAAAUAUUAUUUGAAUAAGGCCAGUUCAAAGAAUGAACCAGGUGUGAAUAGAAAUGAAAGUGUGAAUACCGAACAUGAUGAAAUUUCAACAUUGGUUCCAAAACAAGAUGUUGUGAUGACCACAAAAAAACCAUCCGUGUUUUCUGUCUUUAAAAAGAUUUGGGUUCAAGCGGUGAUGGUCAUGACUGUAUUUUGGAUCACUCUUUCAGUGUUCCCUGGUUUAUCUGUUUCAGUUCCAACAUGGUACAAGGGUACAGAGAUGAAAGAUUGGUUACCAAUUUUAGUUGGAACUACUUUUAACAUUUUUGACUUUAUUGGAAGAACUGCUCCACGUUGGAUGAUUCUCUUUAAUCGCAAAGUUGUUCCAAUUCCAGUGUUAAUUCGUAUUUUAAUUCUUCCUCUCUUUAUUUUCAUGUACAAACCAAGUAUUGUAGGAUUGGAAGCUUUCAAUGAUGCAGUGCCAUUGUUAGCGAUUGCUUUUGUUGCCUUGUCCAAUGGAUACUUGUCAUCAUUGUGUAUGAUGUAUGGACCUUCCUUGGUGGAUGAUCAUGAAAAGGAAGUUGCUGGUACUCUCAUGACAUUCUUUUUAUUGGUUGGAAUUUGUUUGGGAUCAUUUACUGGUUUGGCCAUUGGACAAAUUCUUGGAGCCAUCCUACCAAAUAACAAUAAUUAUGUGGAUUAA